AUUGAAUGCCGUUACACUCGAUCGAACCGCAUCUGAGCAUCUCCCCCUCCCCCUCUGAACUUCAAAGCUACAAUCUUCUUCACCAAAGAGCCGUCUCUCCUCCCCUGGAUUACAACGACGUCGUACGACCUCGCUCCUUCGUACACUUCCCGGAUCCUUUAUCUGUGGAUUUAUAGGCACAUCAGCUUAUCCGGAUUCCGGAUCAAUCCUAACGAUUUCGUCCUUAGCAGGUUGUCCUCGUUAUUGUAGAGCUUGCCAAGUCCUCAUUUUGAAGUCCUAGUGUCCUAUAAUGGAAGAAGAGAAGAAGAAGAGGAAAAAUAAGAAAAAGAAGAAUAAGCAGAAUAGAACCACAGAGAAUGCCUCGAGUGGUGCUGGACAAGUGGCUCCUCAUGAUCAGAACCAUGUUUCUGAAUCGCAAGAGGAUACUACAGACACUGGAGAGAUGCAGAAUAAUGAUGCAGCAAAAAUAGACAGGGAUCCAAAUAGACAUCUCUCGACCAAUCAUCCAACUUUAGCUGAAGGUGAUAAACAGUACUGGAUGGGCAGAGAGGCUAUUUAUGAAGAGAAGAUUAAGCAACUAGAGAAUGAGAAGAAUGUGCAUGUACAGAAAGAGGCUAUUCUAGAAGAGAAUAUUAAACAAUUGCUUAGUGAAAAGAAUGAAACCUUACAGAAAGAGUCUAAAGUUGAAGAGAGAAUUAGACAACUAGAAAAUGAAAAGUUCAUGCACAUCCACAAAGGGGCUAGUCUUGAAGAGAAAAAUUUACAAUUACAGAAGGAAAAGGACAUUCUGUUGCAGCAAAUGACUGUUCUUGAGGUUGAAAUUUCACAAUUACAGAAUGGAAGGGACUUCUGGCUUCAAAAAGAGGCUGGUUAUGAGGAAAGAAUUAGUCUGUUGGUUGAUGAAGCAGCAACCCUGAAUCUGAAAAGGGUGAGAUUGGAGGAAAAAAUAAAACAGAUGGAGGAGGAAAGAGAUGCCUGGAUCCAGAAGGAGAACUUGAUGGAAACAAGAAUUUCAAGCCUGAACACCCGUAAUGCAUUCUUACAAACAGAGGUGAAGGAGCUUGUAGAGUUGCGGAACAGUACUGCACUAGAAAAUCAGCUGCUGAAAGUAACUGUAAAUACUUUGCAGUCGCAAGUACAGGGCCUUGAGAAGAGCGCUACCAGUUCAUCAACUGGGGGGAAAAUGCAUACUUCUGAAAAUGGAGAUGUGAAUUCUGAGGCUGCUCAUGCAGUGGUCCAAAAACUUCUCGCUGAGAACUCAGAGCUUGUUGAGAAGGUGAAUGAAUUAUACAUUGAGCUUCAGCGGAGGGAUUCAAUGAUGGAAGUGUCUUCAUUUCCUAUGACUGGAAAUGCUGAAUCUACUUAUAAUACCAAUACUACUUACAUUACCAAUAGUUCAGCUCUUGGGUUAGAGCCGAUGUCUGAAAUGGCCAAUGGUCGUGAAAUCACUAGUGCUGACAAUCCAGCGCUUGUAUCCAAAAGCAUGAUUCAAUCCACAGAAGAUGUGAACGACAAAGCCAAAAUGAACAGUCAUGACAAGGCGAAUGCUAAAGAUGACAGUAUGGGUUUAGAUUCUUCCGAGGUUGAGACAAGCGAGAUAGUGCAAAUUCCUCUGGACGAGACUGAAGCUGAAGAGGCUACAGAAUCUGAAAUCAUUCCUGAUGAUCAGAAAACCACCGCCGAGGUGGUUCCUCUCUCGGAUGCACCUUUGAUUGGCGCUCCAUUCCGAUUAAUAUCAUUCAUGGCUAGAUACGUUAGCGGUGCCGAUUUGGUUGACAAAAACUCAGCCACAGCCACCAGGUAAGUCCUCACUUCUCACCAGUUAGGUAUAGCUCUAUACAAACCAUUCAUUCUAGUCUGUAACGAUAGUAACUUAUUGAUGUACUCGAAAGAAUGCAAAGCCAAAACAUGAGGCCAUACAUAGCCCAAUUUUGAGGAGUCUUCAGUUUACUAAACAGGAAUUUCUGUACCAUAUUUACUAGACAAACAUCGCUUCAGACAAGUUUUUGAUAAAUAUAACUUGUUUAUUGAUUAUGUGAUA